AAACUGUGGGGACUGGGGAGCUCGUUCUCUCCGCCGGCCCGCUCACUCUCCCUGGUCUCUCGUCUCCUCCACUCCAAGAGAACAGGCGCCGGCGAAAGGCGGGAGCAGCGCGCUGCCCAUUCACCGCCCCCUGAUUUCUUGGGAGUUGCGGAUCGGUCUCCGGGGCAGCGUGGAACGGCUGGGCCCCUCGGAUCGCCGGAGAUGCUGCCCUACGCGACGGCGGCGGAGGCGGAGGCGGCGCUUGGCCGGCCCAUGACGCCCGCCGAGGCGCUGUGGUUCCGGUACACCGCGGGGGUGUCCGACUACCACCUCUACUGCUGCAACAUCCUCUUCCUCUUCGUCGUCUUCACGGUGGCCCCGCUUCCCAUCGCGCUCCUCGAGCUCCGGGCCCCGGCCGCGGUCUCGCCGUACAAACUGCAGCCGCGGGUGCGGCUCUCCAGGGCCGAGUUCGUCCGGUGCUACAAGGACGUCCUCCGCAUCUUCUUCCUCGUCAUCGGCCCGCUCCAGCUCGUCUCCUACCCGGCGGUCAAGUUUGUGGGAAUUCACACGAAGUUGCCUUUGCCGUCCCUUGCGGAGUUGGCAGCACAGCUACUGGUGUACUUCCUUGUUGAGGACUACCUCAAUUACUGGAUCCACAGGUUUCUCCACGGGGAGUGGGGGUACCAGAAUAUCCACCGUGUUCACCAUGAGUUCACUGCGCCAAUAGGAUUCGCAGCUCCAUAUGCACACUGGGCUGAGGUGCUGAUACUCGGCAUCCCCUCCUUCGUCGGGCCAGCCAUUGUUCCAGGCCACAUGAUCACAUUCUGGCUCUGGAUUAUACUCCGUCAGGUGGAGGCUAUCGAGACACAUAGCGGCUUUGAUUUCCCAUUCACCCCGACAAAGUAUAUUCCAUUCUAUGGAGGAGCAGAAUACCAUGACUAUCAUCAUUAUGUAGGAGGCCAGAGCCAAAGCAAUUUUGCUUCUGUUUUCACUUACUGUGAUUACUUAUAUGGCACUGACAAAGGUUACAGAUUCCACAAAACAUACCUAGCAAAGCUGAAGGAUCUGGGGCAUAAUGAUGGCCAGAAAGGAGACGGCAGCGGACCCAGCUAUGUGAAACUGGAUUAGAUUGCAAGAUAUAGUGCAUCUUGAGUGUUUCUAUGGUCAUCGACUUCACUGUGGCAUUUCGAAAUGGGAUAUUGCUGAGUUGGGCUGGUCACGUGUGUUCUCAUUUCUGUAGCAGGCAUACAGCUUUCAGCUCUGCCUUCUUUCUUUUUUUUUUCUAGCGUUUAUGAAAUUCUAUGGAACUUGUACGCUGACGAAUAACAACGCAACUCUCACGAAUAACAACGCCAAUUCUUAAA